ACGAAGACGGAAAACAUGACCUUGGCGAGCUUGCGGUCUUGUGGAAAACCAGAGGUGCGGGUUGAGGUCACCAGGUCAGGAGGAAGAACGGCGUGGCAGGAAUUGCUGGCGCCUAGCGAUGCGUGGGGCGAGAGAGGGGAUUUGGGCACCACCCCUUCACCGUAACCUCGACGGGAGGUAUAAAGCCUGAGGAAGCUUAGCCUGCGGCCAAUUGUCACAAAGGGUUCACCAUGUUCAAGACUGUCAUCCUGUUGCUCGCGGUGGCGGCUAUGGCGAUGUGCCGAUCAGCCGACCCCUACCACCCUCCGUAUCCCGAGACCCCCGCAGCGUAUGACUUUCAGUAUGGGGUGAAGGAUGACCUCAGCGGCAACAACUUCGGCCACGAGGAAGCGCGCAACGGUUACAACACCAAAGGACAGUACUUCGUCCUCCUCCCCGACGGGCGCCUGCAGACCGUCCAGUACACCGUGAACGGAGACGAAGGCUUUGUGGCCAGUGUCGGAUACUCUAACCGUCGCUAACAGGAGUCUAUUAUGAAUGCGUUGUAGUUGUCAAGCUCAUUUUAAGGCAGUUCAAAAUUAUUCAUAAAGAUUUUGAAAUGUACGUUGAUAGAUCACC